GGUUCGUUCCUGGAUAAAACCUUUGUUGAAGUCACUCUCCGUGUCUCCAUAUAUGGUUCUGGUUUGUCCACUGUAACAUCAUUGUUAUUUAUUUAAUCAUAUUUGUAAUAGACCAGCUGUUUCCUGCAGCCGGGCACUUGAUAUGAUGAUGAUGAUGAUGAUGAUGAAUGAUCAUUAUAUGGAAUGAUAGGGAGCUGAAGUCGCUCUCCCACCCAGCCCUGAUAACCAAGUAUAAAACUGGGUGUGAAUCUGGAGACUGGCUCUAUCAUAGUGAAGCGAGGGCCAAGUGGAAUUCCACGCUGGAAAUGAAGAGCUUUAUUAUAUGUGUGGUCAUUUGUCUCGGGACCUUGAUGACAACUUUAUUUUGGGCCAAGCUUGACAGAUGGGAGGAGCUUCACCAGCUACCAAGGAUGAGAAGACAACCGAUGAGACCCUCCCAAUAUUGCAAAGGCUGUCAGAAGCUAAUUCAAAACACCACAGACAUUUACUCUAAGAGGUGGCAGAGGCUACGAGGGUACUACACACAAUUCAGACUAAAAAUGCAGAAUGAAGGCAUUGAUGUUGAAGACGCUAUCAUCAGCAAAACUAACUUCCCCGUCGGGUCAAAUAUAACAGAAAAGCUCAUGGUAACCAGGCCUCUCUUCAGCCUCUUUCCCCCUAGGAAUCCCCUUUUCAAUAAAACAUGGGACACGUGUUCUGUUGUGGGAAAUGGAGGGAUCCUCUUUGACAGUCACUGUGGGAAGAAGAUUGACUCAGCUGACUUUGUCAUCAGGUGUAAUUUACCUCCCCUGCAUGGCACCUUCGGAAAACACGUGGGAACCAAGUCUAGCUUUGUGACAGCCAACCCAAGUAUUCUCCGAAAAAUACAAAAGGAAAAUUAUAGUGAAGAAAUAAUGGAGAAGAUGAAACCCUACGACGACGCCAUCAUUGCGCUACCGGAUCAAAAUCCUUUAGUGUUUGAAACCAUCAGCAUCCUCCGAGAGCUGAAGAGCCCGUCUCGCCCCGUCUUUCUGAACCCGAAAUACAUGAGUAAGCUGACCGACUUUUGGCGCUCCAGAGGUGUGAAGGCUGCUCGGCUCAGCAGUGGGUUGUUCAUGGUGAGCAUGGCGCUGGAGCUCUGCAGGAACGUCCACGUGUAUGGAUUCUGGCCCUUCAGCAUUCAUCCAUUUGGUCUUUAUUUUCUGCCACAUCACUACUACGACGACACAUUGCCCAGAAAAUUCCACAAAAUGCCGGUGGAGUUUGAUCUGCUGUUACAGCUUCACACACAGGGAGUGAUCAGGAUUCAGCUGGGCGCUUGUAGGGAGUGAAAUAUUUUACUGGAAGUAAAAAAAAAACUAUAAUAUUCAGAUUGUUACUUAUUGUUAGACACAUUAUUUGUUUCAUAUUUAAGAUCUAGUUCUGCUUGAAAUGUUUUUUUUCAAAGUGAAUUUUAUCCCGGAAUGUGUCCCAGAAAUUCAACUUCCACGAACCGUUUCCUCAGAAUUGUAUUUGAACCUUUUGCUGUGAAGCUGCA